AUGGAGCGCCUCACGGACAUCGGGCGGCGCGCGACGACGCUGGGCUUCAAGGAGACGGAGAGCCUGCUGGAGGCGCGGCUGAAGGAGACGGAGGAGUACCGCAAGGCGCUCGACGACCAGGUGCGCGCGAAGAUCGCCGCGACGGGCGCGGAGCUCGAGGACCUCGCGCUGACGACGCUCGAGAAGACCGAGGCGUUCCUCGGCGAGCUCGAGGUGCGGGCGGCGCUCGAGGUCGCCAAGCUCGCCGUCGACGAGGAGGCUUUAGACGACUACGCGGCGAUCCUGUCCGCGGAGGCGCUCGCGGCCGUCGACGUAAAACCGCGAAAAGCGUUCCGGAGCCGGCGGCUCUGGGCCGCGGGGCGGACGGCGUCCAUCUGGCGCACGGCCGUGUCCUUCGGGUGGCGCGUCGCGCGCCAGCGGCGCAAGUUCGCCGACAAGCAGAGCGCGGACGCCGUGGCCGCGCGCGGCGCGCUCGCGGCGCUGUUUCGCGACGCCUUGCUCGACCUCGGCCCGACGUUCAUCAAGUUCGGCCAGCUCCUGUCGACGCGCGUCGACGUGCUGCCCCCCGAGGUCAUCGCGGAGCUCGCGACGCUCCAGAACGAGGUGCCCUGCUUCUCCACGGCGCGCGCCGUCGCCAUCGUCAAGGAGGAGCUCGGCAUCAACAAGCUCGACGAGGUCUUCGCGUCCUUCGACGCGACGCCGUUAGCCGCCGCGUCCCUGGCCCAGGUCCACCGCGCGACGCUGAAGGACGGCACGGAGGUCGUCGUCAAGGUGCAGCGCGACGGGUUGGUGGAGCAGUUCGACGUCGACUGCAAGAACAUCCGCUUCCUCGCUUCCGUCGCGGACCGCGUGGACCCGGAGAACGAGGGCGUGUCGUCGAACUGGCGGGGCAUCGCCGACACGUCCGAGGGCGUGCUCUACCGGGAGAUCGACUUCCUCGUGGAGCGCGACGCGGCGGAGCGCUUCCGCCGGGCCUUCGAGGAGGGCGCGGGCAACGCGAAGCCCCUGCCCUGGGUCAAGGUGCCCAAGACCUUCGACGAGUACUGCACGUCGCGCGUGCUCGUCAUGGAGUACGUGCCGGGCACGAAGAUCAACGACGUGCCCGCGCUCGAGAAGAUGGACGUCGACCUGCCGCUCAUCUCGCAGCGGCUCACGACGUCCUACCUCGAGCAGCUCGCGCGCCACGGCUUCUUCCACUGCGACCCCCACCCGGGCAACGUCGCCGUCGACGAGGGCUGCCCCGGCGGGCGCCUCAUCUACUACGACUUUGGCAUGAUGGAGUCGAUCGAGCCCGACGUGAAGAAGGGCUUCGUGGAUUUGGUCUACUCGCUCUACAAGAACCAGCCCAUCACGGCCUGCGACGCCCUCGAGCAGAUGGGCGUGCUGCGGCCGGGCCUGGACCGCUACUCCAUCGAGCGCAUCGCGACGAACUACGAGGAGCGGGCGGCGCGGCGCGAGCGGCGCGCGCAGAUCGGCAAGGACCUCUUCGCGACGCAGGCGGAGCGGCCCUUCGUCUUCCCGCCCAAGUUCACCUUCAUCUUCCGGGCCAUCACGACCAUCGACGGCAUCGGCAAGUCGCUGGACCCGGGCUACGACCUGACGCGGCUGAGCGCGCCCUACCUCCAGGAGCUCGCGGACCUGCGCGACGGCAGCCGCUACAAGACGGGCGUGCUCGAGCUGCUGGAGCGCGUGGGCUGGCGGCCCAUCGACGUCAACCAUCUCGUGACGGCGCCGCGGCGGCUGGCGUCGACGGACGCGUCGAUCAAGCGCAUCGAGGCGGGGGACCUCACGCUGCGGACGCGGUCCGUCGAACUCGAGGCGCAGCUCACGCGCGUCGAGGCGCGGCAGCGCAUGUUCCAGUACGGCACCGUGGCGGCGCUGGCGCUGCGCCUGGCGACGGAGGGGCCGGCGCUCGCGCUCGCCGAGGCGCCCCUGAAAUACGCGGCGCAGAAGGCCUACCUCCUCGGCGCGGCCUGGGCGGCCGCGGAGGGGUUCGGCGCCUACUGCGCCCUCUGCAAGCUCGACAAGAACCAGCGGCGCUUCCGCAACGAGCUCGACGACUGUUAA